AUGAGAGGUGAGAUGUGUGAGGAUCUGAAGUCGUCGGCUCAGAAUGAAGAGCCGGUGUCUGUCGAGAAGCAGCAAGAGUUGUUACUCAUGAACAAACUCGCCUCUGGUGGUCGCCUUCCUCCGAAAACACAAAGCAGUUUCCUGCAGAAGAAAUUGCAACAACGGGUGAGUGUCGUAUAUAUUUUGUUGUUUUUAGGCGUGGUUUUUAAUGCUUUCUUCUUUUACACAUGUAAUGCAAAACAUGAUUGCAGAAGUUCUUCGACUCCGGUGAUUAUGCCAUGAAUCAAGAUAAGGAAAAGAAACACCAACGCCAACCAUUUGCCAAAACGAUUACUGAAGGGAAGCCAUUACCCGCCCCUCCGGCACCAGUAACCCCAGUGAAAGUAGUCGAAAAGGAGGAAGUGAGGAUCGCACCGCCACCCUUGGUCUCAGAACCAUCUCAACAAGCAGAUUCGGGGUCAGAUGAGGAGGAACAUCUUCAGAUUCCUCGGCCAGAGAACGUCCCUCAACGAAAAGCGUCGAUUCUUCAUCCAUCGGUCCACUCCAAACUUAGUCCCCAGCCCCAUAUUCAUCACGAACAUAACGAUGACUUGUCUUCCUGA